GGAUUAUCUCCUGCUCGUACCCGUCAUGCAGGAUAUCCUCCCUAUUGCAGGUUCGAAGCACCACUAUCGGGUCUGGUCUGAUUCCGUUGGACUCGGUCUUCAGAUCCCUCUGGAUUCGGUAUGAAGAUUCCGUAGUCUCGGUCUGGAGAUCCCGUGAGCUCUCCGUUGAAUUCCGUUCUCGCUACCAGAUGCGGGAGCACAAUCCGCCGCACCAAUUCGGAGGACUAGUGUGCCCUGCGGCACCGGAACUAGUAUUACAUUGUCCAUGUCGGCGUGAUGAUGAUGAUGAUGAGCCUCUCAUAGGGCCGCUCGAGCGCAGGGCCGGUCACGGACUGUGCAGGUAUCCUUCUAGCACAAACCCAUGAGUCCGGAGAGGGUAAUCCGCGCAGGGCGCAGACUAUAUAGCGCAGCUCGUCCAUGUCCGAAUUCUGGCGUCACCAUCGAACACCAACUUGACCUCUCCACGAAUCGAAAAAAGAAGACUACCAAGACUACGCAAAUAUGAGCUCGUCCAAGCAGCAGCAUCUUUCGCACGCAAACCAGGAGCUUCCCCACCUUAAUUUUAGAUCUUUCGUCCAGGCGUUGAAGGACGAUGGAGAUCUCAUCGAGAUCGACGACGAAAUCGACCCUCACCUCGAGGCGGGCGCCAUCAUUCGUAGGGCCUGUGAGACAGACGGCAAAGCCCCUCUGCUCAACAACUUGAAGGGAGCUAAGGAUGGACUCUGGCGUAUCCUCGGUGCCCCAGCGUCGCUGCGAAGUGAUCCUUCGCAAAAGUACGGACGGGUGGCGCGGCACCUCGCACUCCCACCUACGGCUACGAUGAAAGACAUCCUCGACAAGAUGCUCUCCGCCGCGCACGCAGAGCCGAUCCCGCCCAAUAUCGUGGAGAGCGGUCCCGUCAAGGAGAAUAAGCUGGUCGACGGCGAGUUCGACCUGUCCACCUUGCCCGCGCCAUGGCUCCACCAAGCGGAUGGCGGCAAAUACAUCCAGACGUACGGUAUGCACAUUGUGCAGUCGCCAGACGGCAAAUGGACAAACUGGUCCAUCGCACGCGCCAUGGUCCACGACAAAAACCACUUGACCGGACUCGUCAUCGAACCGCAACACAUCUGGCAGAUCCACCAGCAGUGGAAGAAGGUGGGCAAGGAUGUCCCGUGGGCGUUGGCCUUCGGUGUGCCGCCGGCCGCCAUCAUGGCUGCCAGUAUGCCCAUUCCCGACGGCGUCACGGAGGCGGGGUACAUCGGUGCCAUGACAGGCUCCGCGCUCGAUGUCGUCAAGUGCGAGACCAACGGCAUGUACGUGCCCGCGAAUGCAGAGAUCGUGCUAGAAGGCACGCUUUCGAUCACGGAGACGGCACCGGAAGGUCCUUUCGGAGAAAUGCACGGCUACGUCUUUCCCGGAGACACCCACCCGUGGCCGAAGUACAAGGUGGACGCCAUCACCUACCGCAAUGGUGCUAUACUCCCUGUCUCGAACUGCGGCAGGAUCACCGACGAGACGCACACCUUGAUCGGCCCCCUGGCUGCUGCCCAGAUCCGUCAACUCUGUCAAGACGCCGGCCUGCCGAUCACCGAUGCGUUUGCGCCCUUCCACACGCAGGUUACCUGGGUGGCUUUGAAGGUCGACAUCGAAAAGCUGGGCAAGAUGAACACCACUCCCGAGGCGUUCCGCAAACAGGUCGGAGACCUCGUCUUUAACCACAAAGCGGGAUACACCAUUCACCGCCUGGUGCUAUGCGGAAGCGAUAUUGAUGUGUACGAAUGGGACGACAUCGCCUUCGCCUUUUCGACGAGGUGUCGGCCGAACAAGGACGAGACCUUCUACGAAGAUUGCCAAGGCUUCCCCCUGAUUCCGUACAUGUCGCACGGCACCGGGUCGCCGAUCAAAGGCGGCAAGGUCAUCUCAGACGCACUCAUGCCGUCGGAGUAUAGAGGUCAGCAGGACUGGCAACAGGCGAGCUUCAAGCACUCCUACCCAGAGUCCCUUCAGAAGAGCGUUAUCGAGCGCUGGGCGUCGUGGGGUUUCUAG